AUGUCUAAUCAAGGGUACUACAACGACCGACCUGGCGAGUAUGGCUACGGCGGGUACGGAGAUCAAGCCCACCAGCAGCAAUCAUGGCAGCACCAGUCCGGCCCGCCUCCAGGAUAUGACAAUCAGUCUUACGAUCAGGGUUACGAUCAUAACAAGCCCUACGAUUACGGUCGUCCCGCGAAUCAAGACUACCCACAGCCCCCGUAUGGUCAUUCUCCUCAGCCAGGUUAUCAGCGACCAUACAAUCAAUAUGCGGACCAGUACUCGUCGCCUGCACCGGAUCAGGACUAUUAUCAGUCCCAAUCUCAAGGAGGAUACGGCUAUGGUCAAGCAGGUCCCGAGAGGUCUCAUUCGCCGUACCCGCCACCCCAGCAACCACAGUACGAAGGCUACGAUGCUCCUCCUGGCCCUCCGCCGACGCAUACAGGCCCGUACCCACCACAACCGGGCCCCGGUGCUCCCAUUGACCACAACGAUCCAAACUCCCAGGAUCGCGGCUUGAUGGGUGCUUUAGCCGGCGGCGCGCUGGGUGCCUACGGCGGACAUAAGGUCAACCACGGCUUCUUGGGGGCUAUAGGUGGUGCGAUCACCGGUUCAGUGGCCGAGGAUGCCUACAAGAAGCACAAGAAGGACAAAAAGAAGAAAAAGGAUCGCCCUGCAGGUCUCCGUCGCGACUCUUCAUCUUCCUCGUCGUCAUCGUCGAGUUCGUCUUCGGACGACGAGAAGAAAAAGAAGAAGAGCCACGGCUGGGCCGCACCGGCUGCAGUUGCGGGCGUGGGUGCAGGCGCGUACGGAAUGCAUCAAUACCAACAGCAUCAACAACAACAGCAGCAGCAGCAGCCGAAACAGAGAGAACCCCAAGGCCACAUGCGCGGCAACUUUUCCGCCUCGGCGAACAGUAUCACGCUGGACAGGGACUACGACUUGAUCGCGUCGUGCGCCGAUGUCCACGGCCAGCACAAGUUGUCUUCGAUCUCGUUGAAUAAUUGCCUUUCGAACCAACAUGGACACUUCGUCUGGGCCAGGGGUGGUAACUUUGCAGCCAGUUCGAGGAACGUGAGACUGGUUGACAAUGGACGGGUCCUGGAAGCUGAAUUGGGCACGGGCGGUGGCGGUUGGAAUAGGGAUUAUAUCAGGCUGGAUGAACGUAUCAGCAACAACGACGGCGAGCUGAUCUUCCUGGACUCGUGA